AUCAUAGCUCAGAGAAAAGUCAUCCGUAGUGAGCGUUGGAUUUUUUUGAACGGUUUUCUCUUACACUAUCGGUCAGAACUCAGAAGCUUAAUAGAUAUUCUGAUAAGAUAACAAUAGAAGCAAUGGCGGGUGUCAAACUUAAGUUUUCGUCCAUUCUUUCUCCAUCAGAUCCAAUCACUAAUCCUGUUGUUAUAAUUGGUACACCAAAAAAUCUUGCCAAAAUCAGCUACAAUGAUAUGUCUACAAAGUUUGGAGGAAGGGUGACAGAAGAUGUUUUCUCUUCAGCCUUGAAUUCAGUACAGUCAAGUCCAGAUGUGUGCCCAUUAUACUUGAAUUCUGCUACCAUAUCUCCUCUUCCAGGGAAAUGUAGCAGGCACAAUGCACCAUCAAGAUCACAUGCAAUCACAAAGUGUGUGCGCUCAGCAGCUACAUCAGGAAAGGACAACUUCAUUGUUAUAAUUUGUGAAAAGCAAGAUGUUUUUCCCUCUGCAACAGCAGUUGCUCGAGCUUACCCACUUUAUUCAAGAAAGACAAACUUAUCAAGCAAAUUGGGAGCUACUAGUGCAGAAAAAGUGCCCAUCACAGUAUCAGUGGAAUACUUUUUGCUUGACAAUGCCAUUCCUUUGACAGAGGAUGAAUGCAUAAUGUUGGAAAGAGCUGCAGAAUCUGUACGGCUUACCGCUCGUAUCGUUGAUACUCCAUGCAAUGAAAUGAACACUGACCAUUUCCUCGAGGAAAUCGGAAUAGUUGCCAAAGAGUUAGGGAUUGAGCCGUUCAUCAUCCGUGAUAAAGAACUUGAGCGUAAAGGAUUUGGUGGUAUUUAUGGAGUCGGAAAGGCUGCACCCAACCCACCAGCUCUUGUCGUUUUAAGCCAUUUGCCUAAGGGAGCAACGAAAACUAUUGCGUGGGUCGGUAAGGGAAUCAUGUACGACACAGGUGGAUUAUCCAUCAAGGGCAAGACAGCGAUGCCGGGAAUGAAGCGCGACUGUGGCGGAGCCAGUGGGAUUUUAGGCGCUUUUCGACUGGCUGUGCUCACUGGAUUUAAGGAAAAUUUGCACGCUGUAUUUUGCUUGGCAGAAAAUUCUGUUGGCCCGCUUUCGACGAGACCCGACGAUAUCCACACUCUUUAUUCGGGUCGAACUGUUGAGAUCAAUAACACGGAUGCAGAAGGCCGAUUGGUUCUUGCUGAUGGUGUUUUCUACGCUCACAAAGACUUGAAGGCAGACGUUAUUUUAGAUAUGGCAACUUUGACUGGUGGACAGAGUGUUGCAACUGGCAAGCAUCACGCUGCUGUCCUAACCAACAACGAGCACUGGGAAAAUGCGUUGGUCGAUGCCGGACUGGUUUCUGGUGAUUUGACGUUUCCCAUUCCCUUCUGUCCGGAGUUCCAUUUCUCUGAGUUCAACUCAGCUGUGGCAGACAUGAAAAAUUCCGUCGCUGAUCGCAGCAAUGCGUUGUCAUCAUGUGCUGGACUGUUUAUUUUAGCCCAUCUUGGAUUUGAUUAUCCUGGAGUAUGGAUGCACGUAGAUAUGGCCGCACCGGUUCAUUGUGGAGAGAGAGCAACGGGCUAUGGUGUAGCUCUGUUGGUAUCCCUUUUUGGUCAGUAUAGCAACAGCGCAUUGCUUCAAAAUAUUGGUCCAGUCUUGGAGGAGUCGGCUGAUGAUCGAAAUGAAAACGAAAGGAAGAAAAUGCGGCUGAAUUAAGCUGGGAAGAAGGAACGAAUAUGAAUUAUUACAGAGACUAGUGGAACUUAAACAUUCAUUUUUAAAGCUCAGAUAUUGGAAACCUACAUCCUCCUUCGAUCAAGUAUGAGUAGAUUGAGUACUUAAUAUCGAGUGAUUUAUUUGUGAAGUUCAUUACAUGGUUUAUUGGGAU